UCACACAACAGUGACAGAGUGCGGCGGGAAACUUCUGUGCAGUUCUUGACGAGGUUUCACAGCAAAAUACUGCAAAUAUCUACCAUGGUAAGCCCCAAAAUACGGUUCAUAUGAACAAGAGUGAAUGCUACUACAUUUUCGUGCAACGGUUUUGGGUUUAAAAUGAACGCCAAGGCAAGAGUUGACCAAAACGUGGUUUGUUAUUUAGCUAUUCAUAGCUCCUCCUUCGCAAUUCGAAAUGCUUCCACAAGAAACCAACGAUUUUUUUAAUGCAAUUAUGAAUGGCGAUAAUAUCCUAGUAGAUUAUCGUCAGUAUUCAAGGAGUUUUCAUGCUUUUUAGCUUGUUUUGGCGUUUAGAGGCUUAGGGCUAGUCCGAACUCGAAUAAGGGUCUCGAAACGUGGUGGCGUGCGGGGCCUUCGAUAAAUUUAUUUAUGCAGCUAUAUAGGCAAAUCUUACUUUUUAUCUACAGGUAAGGUAAAACCUGAGCUCUAUCCCUACAGCAAUGGCGACUGCGUAACUGUGAAUGCUUUUCUAGGUUUCGACUGAUGUGCAAACUUAGUUGGGAGACAACAUACGGCUAGGUGACCUAGGUUGAUAUUCCAAAAUUGUUUUUCCUGGCAGAGUUGUGCAGCAGUACGGGACGAAGGAGGACCUGAACAAUCAAUGAAAAUCGAUGAUCGGAAAAUCAAUCGAUCAAUCGAUUGGCAUCGGCCAAUCAAUGAUCAAUCGAUAAUCACACUUAGGUGGUCUCGAACUUCAUCGAUUGCCAUCGAUUGGCACUAAAUUCAUGUCUCUGUAUUUUCAGGUAUCGCGGGAGUGUACGCGGAUCGUAUAUUAUUUUUAAACCUCAGUAGCAAAGUUUGAGAAUUGUUCAUCGAUGUUGCUCCGUGAAAAACAGCACAAAUAAUUAAGACAAUCAACAUAUCUCCUUGUCAGUCGUAUAAACUUGAUCGAUUUAGCUUCGAGUUCAUUGCAAAGAUUCAACUGACCUGGGACGAAGUUGUCGUGCAAACACGAUUAAGCUUAUUAUUUCUUUUUCUUCUUCUUUCUUUAUAUGUCUGUGCAGACGCUCAAGUCCACCUCGAUCUUCUGUGUAGAAUUAUAAUGUUAAUUGAUUGAUUCCCAUCGAUUAUCGAUUGAUAUUGAUAAUCAGUGAUAAUCAAUAAUCACUUAAAUUUUUGUGAUGGAUUGUCCAUCGAUUAUCAAUAUCAGUUGUUAUUGAUUGCCAUCGAUUAUUGAUUUCAUCGAUUGUUCAGGUCCUGGACAAAGGUGGCCCGUGGAGCGGGCAUGCAAGCAACAUUUGCAGAGAUGAAAUGUGAAAAUGGGGUUGUUUGGCAUGCACAAAAAAAAUUCCAUCAGUAUUACUUUUUUUUGGUCUGGCAGGGUUGUCAUUAAGAGCCGGGGGCCGGGGAUUUUCCCCGGCUACUAAGAGAGUGGCCCCCGGCUACUUUUAUUGGAAAAUAGAAGAAAAAUAGAACCAAAAGAAGUCCCUAGCCGUUUGAUUCACCGCCUACUUGUUGUAUUUACCCGGCAACUUGAAAUCUUAGUGACAACCCUGGUCUGGGAGCUUGAAAUGAUUAUUGUCGCUAUUUUGAUUGCCAUGAAGUAUAUUGUAAAUGGAGUGUUACAGAAGGGUAUGAUCUUUUUUCUUUUUUUACCAAAACUUGGUCAGGUGGUGGGCAACAAAGCACUUAUUAUGGGCAUAGCGUAACUAGUGUAACAUGCUGUUGAAUUUUUUUUCACAUUUAGAGCAUAUUUAACAACUUCAUGGAGGAUGUGUAUUUGCAUCAGUAUGUAAAGAUUGCCUUGGUAAGUCUUUUUUUGGUUUCCAAAUAAUUUACUGUACUAUGAUAAUCAAACCUCCCAUAAAUAGGCAUACCUUGGACACUGGAUGGUUGAUGCAACCGGAAAGGCUUGCCUACUUGUGUUUUAAACAAGCUAACUGGACCUGGGGAACUUAUUCAGGCUCAAAAAGUAGCAUGAUAAACGGGACGUUGCUUUUCUUGCGACUAAUGUUUCACCGUGUAGUGUAAAGUCUGGGGAAGAGAAGUUGAAAUCGUGAACCCUCGUGUUUCUGAUGUUUACACAACUAACAUUGGUGGUGUUGACUGAGCAGAUCGACUUUGCUUGUAUGUAUUCUUAUGUGGUACAUGUAUCUGUUUUGGCUUUGUUUUAAUUUGACUGCCUGUAACACAUAAAUUUUGGAGCCUGAAAGCCGUGUGAAAUGUCCACAAGAUAUUUUCUGCCUUGAGUUGGAAAAGAGAAUCAUCAGCAAUUUCAACUCCUGGAAAACUCCCGCAAGCGAUGUUUCUCUGCAGGUCUCUCGGGACCAUUAACCAACAUUUCCACCAAAAUCAAUGGUCAUGAGAAGCAAUGCAUUGUCUUUAACUCCAAAGCUAGAAAAGAAAUCGGAGAAAUUUUAUGAAACAGCACCCAGAAAUAUCGAUGCGCUCACCUUUGAACUUUGAUCUCGUGAGAGCUUUAUCUCACAAGAUCAGUGAUUAAGUCCUUUUGUGCUCAUAUCCUUGAGACAAUGACAGAACGGUCAUGGAUCACUGCUAGGGAGGCCACAUGAUGGAAAGGUUCAAACAAUCUUUUGUUAUCAUGGUCACCAUGAUCUUAAGUUGCACCAUGACAAAAGACAGGACUUUUCAAUGUCGAUUUUGUUUGACCAUUAAAAUGGAACUGAUGGUUUAGGUGAUGUUUUACCGCUUUCUUUGCGUUCAAUAUCGAAAAGUUCAACAUCGGAGUUUGUUCUCCUUUUGCAUGCUCACAUGCUGUAUAAGUCAAAGAAUUCCUCAAUUUCUUGGUUUGCAUCUUCUAGUAAUUCUUUCUUCUGCCAUCUCUUCCAUCUUUGCUGAAUUUGAGUGAAUUUUUCCACAGAAAAGCUGAAAAAGGAUUUGUUCUUCUUCAUCAGAAGAAUGAAAAGCAUGGUAAAAACUAAGAUGAUUCUUCUAAAAUUCGCCAAAUAUCAAACCGUGAAAUCAGAACGCUGACCUUGGUCUCAAAUAAAAACUCAAUUUAUACAUGUCACAUUUCUGCAUGUUUCAGUACUCAGGGGAAUUUAGUUUCUAAGCUGCAGCUAAUUAAAGUGAACCAUUUAUGGAAGUGCACAUUUGGUUGCACUGGAUUUUCAGGGCGGUUUUACUUCUGGGUGCAUGAGGGCGCACCAGAUGUUAAUGGGACAAAAUGUGUUUAGAAUUUGAAAAGGAGUAUCUGCAACUUUGUCAAUGAGAUACUGUAUCAACAACAUUGGUAAUAAUUCACAGGGUUCGCAAAUACGCCAAAUUUGGCGUAUUUUACGCCAAAAUUGUUCAGAUGACUCCACAGAGGUUACGGAGGGAGUCACUUCGACUCCAGAAAUUUUCGGUAACAAACAGGGAGCCACUUUGACUCCAGAAAUUUUCGGUAACAAACACAGUUUUGUCCUGACCUUUUUUCGCAACAAAUACAAAUUUCGUUAAUUGUAAACGUUGUAAACCUUAAUUAAAUCAUCAAAAUUAAAGAAUUAUACUGCACGACAAAACAGGGUAAAUUAUGAUCAAAGUUUACUCGAUGACCGCCAUCAUGGAUUUAAGCUUUCCAGGUCAGCGGACCGCCAAAGCUACUAUCCCUCAUGAUAGUGUAUACAUGCCAGGACCACGUGCUGGAAAGUCUGAAAAUGGCUUUUUUCGUUGUGAUACUUGACUCCAAAUAUUCCAAAAUGACUCCAAAAUUUGUGAAGCAGAAGUCACAGUGACUCCACUUAUCAAUAAAAUUUGCAAACCCUGAAUUCAACUGAGCGUAUGAUUACUUAAAAAAAUAGUUUUAGUUUACAUGUAAAUUUGUUCUACCACCUCACCUAAUUUAUAGAACAAAACAUCAGCCACAUCAAAAUUGCUGUAAAUAACAGAAAGUGUUACUGGAGAAGGGAUAUAGAUGGGUCUUGAAUGUUCUGUGUAACUUUCAAGAAAUUUGUUGGUGUUGAUGAAUAUUUCUCUGGAAUACCGUAUUUAUUCGACCAUAAGCGGAGCGAUUUUUAGGCAAAUUAAAACUGAAGUGAAUUAAAAUUUAGGCUCUCGAGGGGGUCUCGGCUUAUAGCCGAAAGUUUUUGAACAAAAAAUUUUUCCGGCGCAUGGAAACUCUACUAAAUCGAGAUGUAUUUACAUAUAAGCCGAGCUGAAGUAAAGAAACACAAUAUGCAAUCGUUGGUUCUUAACUUUUAAGAAUGUGGUGGCUCCUAAAGGAGCCGUUUGUUAAAUUUAAUGUGUUUUCACAGAAAAGAUAAAGAUUCUUGAUAGGGAAUAACCGUGACGCUGACGGGAUGUGAUUACAAAUCGAUGGAAUUUGACUGUUUGUGGCUCCAAAUCUUCAGGGAGACGCUGAGCGAGUGUUGUUUUGGUGCGAAGGCUGAUGGAAUGGCGGCGCUUCCAUUUCUGGUACCAGCCGAGGGACGCUUUAAACUCAGGAUCCUCGCUGAAUUCCUUUGCCUUUAGACGUAGCAUCAAUCCGCUAACAGCUACUCCUAUGCAAAACGAAGUGAGAAGGUUACAAAACGAUCGAAAGGUUAAAAUUUUGACACGUCUUGAAUUUGUUUUGACAUUUGUGAAAACUGGCCAAUGAGAAUCUUUCAUACACAACGUUGUCACAUGAUACUACUAUAGUUUUGGGAGUCACACAUUCAACUCAUAUUCACUCUGCAAUCAGCUGAUUGAGUUAUUUCGUGAUCUUGUUUCUGUUGUUUUAAGAUACAAAAUCAAUGCUCGACAAAAAACUUACCUUGGCUUCUCUGCUCUGUAAACCAUUCCAGUAUUCUUUGAUCGAGCUCUGGAUACUUCGGCGUGAAGCAUUCCAUCGUCUUCCGUUUCGCUGACAAUUUAAUCUCGCCGUUAAAAAGGUUCGCUUGAUCUUUCCUCCAGCGACGGACCAUGGACUCACUGAUGCCAUAUUCUCUGGCGAUUUCAGAGUUAUUUUCAACAGCUUCUGCUUCGGCGACUGUUGUAAGUUUAAGCGCGAGGUUGUAUGACGUGCGAUGAGCUUUGGGCAUGAUGACAACUUGACUUGAAAUAAACGAUUGCGAACACAAGAUUGUUUGAUAGACGCUACGGAUGUCUUGGUACUGGUGAUGCCGCUUAACAACACAGUUAGUUUUAAAUUCAUUUUUUCGAUAACAUUAAUUCAUCUGGGUUAUGAUUAAUUGUUUUUCAAUUGAAUAGUUAGUUACGGUUAAUAUUUGUUAAUUCGCGUGUGCUUUCUAAGAGGAAAGCUGUUUGCACAAUAAAUCACCAUUGCAUCUCUUGUAUACACGCGUGUGUGUUAUCGUUUAAGCCUCAUUUAUGACAAUCAAUGUGAUUUUUUUCCGAAAAUGUUAGGUUUUUCCGUGGUUAACAAUUCAGUCUUGUAAUAAUGAAUGGGUCUCGGCUUAUAGCCGGGUGUUUUCGAUUUAUUUUUGGUUCUCGUUAUGCCGAGUCUACACGUUCAAAGUUUGGGGUCUCGGCUUAUAGCCGAGAUCGGCUUAUAGUCGAAUAAAUACGGUAUGUCCCAACAGCUGAAUCUUUAUUCCUCUUUACUCUGCACAGUGGAACCCUAAUUUUACGAUAUGUCAAGGGGACAGCAAAUUUAUUAUUGUUAAAGGAACAAUGUUGCAAAGGAACUCCCGAUUUAACAAUUUGGCAGCAUAACAUAAAUUAAUGAUGCAUGAAUAUUUGGAUAUGGGUAAUAUAAUUUUUUUAUAUUAUUAAUUUUUCUAAGUUCUAUCCAUAAAAAGAAUAUAUUAUUGAUGUGGGCAAUUGAAUCACAAGUACAGCUGUAAACAACAAAACUAAUGACUGAAAUGAACAAUGCAACAAUGACUAUAAUGUAGUGGAGGUUAAAUUCAUAUGCUCUUGUAAUCUCUUUUCUUUGUGGGUGCAUUGUAAGACACAUGCUGCUUGAUCCAAUCGUGGACACAAUUUAUUGUUCAAUUGUCAGAUUCCACAUUUUACUGUAUGUGACAUUAAUAUUAUAUCUUUGUAACGGAAAAAAUUUGAUGCUUGGGUCACUAGAUUUCUAUCAUUAUACUGGGAAUAUAGUUGAACCCAAUAUUUUUAGGUCAGGGUUCUGCUCCAUACAAUUUACUGUAAACUUUGUUGGGACACAAAAUAUUGAUUGUUAAAUUGGGAAUAUCAUUGAAUUGACGAUCGUAAAGUAGACCUCUUUAGCGUGUAUGUUUUAUUUUCCAAAUAGAGGACCGAGGGGAACUUGACCCUUUGUCUUUUCAUUAAUUAUGUGUAGAUGCACGUAAAUAAGACAAAAUUAGAAAGAGACAGUUCGCUAGAGUAUUAUCACAUGACCUGUAUUGGGAAAACAAAACAUACAAGCUAAAGAGGUCUAUUGGGGUGACACUGUAAUGUUUAUUUUUUUUUAGGCAGUUGCUAUAAUAAAAAGAAAGCCUAAGGAAGUGAAUACAAAGUGGUAUAUUGAAGACUUGCUGAAAAUUUUGCAAAUUCAAGAUGGUAGUUGGAACAGAAAGGUAUGACCUUAACACCUUUUUUCUUUCUUUUGGAGGAAGGUUUGCAGGGUGGGUGCUCAGUAAAGCCUUGGUAAUAUCCUGAACUUGUGGGGCAUUGUUUUCCAGCAACCUUAUAAUAAUUACAGUACUGCUCAAAGCCAAGUUAACACCCUCUCGCGAGACGUGAAUUGCAUUGCGAGCAACACGAUUCCUGUAGCGCGCUACACGGUUCCUGUAGCGUGCUACGCGAUCCUCGUAGUGGACGGUGGCCCUGAAAACUGUAAGUAUGUUGGCUAAAAUUCUGGAGUGGUUUUAAGAAUCACGGUUUAAAGCUUUACCAUGACUAACACACGUACAAAUUUUUACCUAAGCAACCUGUAGACUGUUGUGUACAAUUUGCUUUGUGAAGGAUUGGUAUUUACGUAUUUGUAAAAAACAUGCCUUUAAUAAAGUCUCUUUAAAACCACUGCACCUCCUUGAAAACUUCAUUUUGUCUAAAAACUUUGAGAUGAGACAAAAUGUAGCUUCGCUUGUAACUGUCUGCAGGUUUUGUUUAACAUUUCAAGCUGAAAUGAAUCGUAGAUCGAGCGGCAAUGCUUCCAAAAGUGCUGUCAUAGCUUUUGGCUACAGCUGUACCUUUGGACAAACGAAUGUUCCAGCAAACUCCUACUGGAAGAAAUCUACAUUGUAUAUUAAAUAACCUACUGUAUCAGUUCAUGGAGCUGUUUUUAAAGUUUAAGCCAGCAAGUUUAUCAAAAAACCGAAUCUUUUCAUAAAGUGUAGUAUGUAUAUACAGUACUUGAGAAGUAGGCUUUGAAUUACACAUGUUUUGACACCGUGCAAAUCUGUGAGUGGCUGUCACGCAAAAAAUGCUAUUCAGUGAAUGCAUUUUUGUCUUAUUUGGCUGCUUUAAAUUGUUAAAUUCAAGGCAAUUUUCUUUCGUAAAUCAAGUAGAAACUUUUUAAAAAAACUAUAAAGAACAAAUUAAGCUAACAUUAUUUCGUGAUUGUACGCCAAGUUGAAUUUUUAAGACUGAUGUUGUUGAUAUCUCGUCAGCAUAAGGUGCCACUACGUGUCAAUGACAACUACACACAUCACAAGAGCUGACAAUUUUUUUUUGUGUGGAGAAACUCAUUGUUAGCGAUUUACAGUAUACAUGAUUCUUUUCACGUUGGUUUGUUCGUUAAAAAUAAUCAGGAAAACAAGAAGCAGUUUUCACGUUUUGGCAAACAAAACAUCAUGGUCAAAUGCAGUGUCAAAUGUCAAUUGCUAACAAAUCCAAAAACUCAGAAACUCCAAUAAAACAGUGGGCUAAUGAGUGAUGAGUUAAAAGAAAGCUUCUUGAAAGAAACUUAACCAAAAAUCUAACGCCUGUUUUCCUCAGUCUUUGAGGAAACGCUUCAAGAAAACUUUGGUUGGUUUAAUUUCUUGCCAAACGUGUUGUCAAUAAUUUAUGCCAAUAGUUGCUGCCUCAAUGAUUCUCAAACCUUGCAACGCGAUUCUUGCCUCGCAGUAAACGAGAUGCAACUGGCAACUUACUUUUGAGUGGUACUCUAUAAUGAAUUGAGUUCCCAUUAAACUGCAGUCUUUUGUGGCACAUUUUCACUUGAAAACCAAGCCACACCCUUGAUAACGAUCUGCAGUAGCUAUUUAAAAGUAAACAGCUGGAGAGAUUGCUGGUUUUAGGAGAAAAAAAAGAGUGAAGAAUAUCAUCAACCAUCUGGGCCCAGUUGUUUGAAGCCUGAUUAGCGCUUUACCCGGGUGUUUUUUUCUUGUGUUCAAAAACAUUUUCUUGGAUAAUUUUAUCUGUUAUUUUCAGAGCCUCUUAAUCAUCAACUUGUAGACAAAAAGAAUUAAAACUGCAAUGCUUUUUAAGCUUUCAAAUCUGCAUUCAAAUCUCGCACUAACCCUGGGUUAUCUUAACCCAGCUUUGAACAAGUCGGUCCUGUUGCACAUGUACAUGUGAUUAUGGGAAAGAGAGGCCUAGUCAUCACCCAGAAGAAUUUAUCAUUAGAUCGUUGCUGUCCUAAGUUUGUCAAAGCUUGAACUUCCUAGUAAUAUUGUUGUUAUUAAUAUUUGAGGUUGUGGAGUUGGACAAGAGGUUGUUGGAAGGGCAAAGAGAUUUGAUGUCAAUAGUUCUCUCUAAACCUGAACUGGAGCUAGGUAAGUUAUAUAAAGAAAAUACUCUGGUAUAAGUAAGCAAAAACAAGAUGAUGAAGAGUCCAUAACAACUUGUCCUGUACAGUAGACAUCCCAGGACUUGCCAAGUUGCUUUUAUAACAAAUAACCUUAAUUAUCACAGGUCGAUUUACACUGUCUUUUUUCCCAACCUUCUCUUCAAAACCAUGUUCUUUUUAUCCUACCCAACUGACCUAAGUAGCAAAUCAGUGACAAUACUUUUAGCAAGCAGAUUCAUUGUUACAAAUAAAUUGACUGCAAAUGCACUAGUUUCAAGAAGAGUAUUACCAUAAAAUUCCGAAAAUAAGCCCCAGGGCUUAGACUUUUCUAAGGCCCUUUUUAAGAGGAGCUUAUAUCCGGAGGGGCUUAUCUAUGGAGGGAAAUUUGUGUUUCAAAAUCGAUUGGGCUAGCCUUAUAGUUGGAAGUAAAUUUACUGUUUUUGCUUUGUUUUACUUUGUAUUUGAGGGUAAUUCCAAGUACAAGCCUGUGGGUGGCUUAUAUUUGAAGGGGCAAUUAAAUGGAGGGUUUUUUGCAUUACCGUUUGGGGGGCUCAUAUUUGGAGGGGCUUAUACAUGGAGGGGCUUAUUUUUGGAAUUUUACAGUAUGAGGCGUGAGCCUGUACUCCCAAUCCUUUGUUUGGUUGGCAUUCUUCCAAUCCUUUGUUUUCUAGCCACUGCCUUUUCCCUUGAAUCUGUCUUUUAUUGUAAUUGUGCUUCCAAUCAACUUUUCAUUGGCACAGAAUCUUCACAUGCUGAUACAAGAAAAGAAUGUGCAAGUGUGACCUUGUCUAAUGUAGAGAGAUGCAUGCAUUUGUUAAAAAAUGGUAUGGAUGUGUUUUUCAUGAAUUACAUUUUGUAGUCCAUUAUGCGGUCUAGGUAUUCUGCUGACUUCUCUUUUUAUCAUGGCGCAACUGAAGGUGCACCUGUAACAUUAAAGUGGCAGAAUACUGCUAAGCAAGGAUUUUCUUUCCCUUCAUUGAAGUUCUGUGUUCUUGAGUUUACUGAUGUUUUCAAAUUAUCUGAGUCGCUGAGUUUACAAAUUUCAAGAGUGUAGUUAUAUGAUUGCCAAAUCCUUGCUAAUUUUCUUUUUGCUAACAAGAGCUGUUAUUUCCCAAAGAACAUCAUAGCAAAAUUGAUAUUACUUUUUUCCAAACAAAAAGCCAAAUUUUGGGGGGGACAUUUUAUCACUAUAGAUGUGUUGUGAAAAUAGCUGACAGCUUCCAUACUAUAACUCCCAUGGCCAUUAACUAUCAUAUCCAAAGGUUCGUCUUAGAAUGCUCUUGUAAAUACAGCAUUAAAAUAUGAAAUGGGUUUUAUUGUCAAUAUUUCACCAAAUUAAUUCUAAUUUCAACUCUCAAAAACUCAACUUUUAAUUUAUUGGAAAAAACAGUCAAGGUACAUUUUGAAGCUUUAGCUUUUCAUAACACCUUAAAGUUCCACAGAUGACAAAAACUGGGAUUUUACAGCUAAAAAAUCAGCAGAUUUGAUUCAAACUUCUAUUAGAAUUGACUCAGAAUAAAGUCACGUCAACUACUUCAUGUAAAAAAUGCUGAAACAGUCCAGGGGCCAAAUCACAGAACUUGAGAGAGAGAGUUUACGUUGGUACAUAUAUGUACGAUUCCUGGUUAAAGAGCUAAGAAGGGAGUGCUACAGAAUGUUCAGUAACAUUUUUAUUCUGAGAGAGAAAAAUGUACAUACAGUCGACUCCCGAUAAUUCGAACCUUUAAGGGAAAUAGAAAAAAGUUCGAGUUAUCGGGAGUUCGAGUUAUCGAGGGUGAAAUUAUAUAGAAAACGAUCUGAAGGGAAAUGUAAAUUGCUUCGAGUUAGCAGGAGGUUCGAGUUAUAGAGGGUUCGAGUUACCGGGAUUCGACUGUAAGUACAGCUGUAAUAGUCCAGUUUUGAAUUAAAAAUUACUGCUGAAUUCAAACAUUAACGACACAUUCAUAUAGGGUUAGCCUCGACAUAAAGGAAAAUAUUCAGAAAUUCCAGCAAGUAAGUGUUUGAAAUUUGAAUAUACACAAUAGACAGUAACAAAGGGGUGUAUUUCUCAUUAGAAUUUGUGAAUAUAUUGCUUCAGAUGGAGGCUAAGCCUGUAAAAAUGUGUCUUCACUUCUUUAAUUCAGUGGUCAAAGCAAACUCAAAACUGGACUAUUGAGUUGGUAAUAAUGACAUUAUCCUUUGUCUAAACUAUUAUUUUGUAUUUCUUUAUACAGCACCUUUUCACCAUGAGGGGAGUGAAAAUCCAAUGUUAUUUUUGGAAGAUGGUUCUGUUUUGAAGAGUACACUGCUAGGUGCUUUAGAGUGUAAGUUGGCUCGUCCUACAGUGUAGUACACUUUUAAAACUUGUCCUUUGUCUCCUUUUUAGAGAAACUAAUUUUUAGCUUUUACAAUCGAGCAAAUGCUGUGUUAGAGAGGAAUCGUGCAUCUGAGGAGACCAAGUUUGGUGGAAGAUGCCAGAAAAUGCACUUUUCAAUGGUGACAGCUCUGGCCCUCAGUAUCACUAUGGUAUACUACUUUUAAAUUCCUGUUUUAUUUUCCUUUCCAUUCCGUCUUUAGUUUUGACAAUGGCUACACUUCAAAGUAAAGAAACUCUGCCAGUUCCAAAACAGAUGUACCAGGCUUGCAUUAACAAACUUGAAGGUACCUUAUAUUUUUAUUAGAGUCCUUCUGGUGUAUUCUAAAAGAUAAUAGGUGUUUCUUAGUAUUUAGAGAUAGUUGAAUGCAAGGUACGCUUGUCUUAUUCAUUGUUCAGUAUUCAAGAAGUAAGUUUGCUUAGAUGUGCUUCUUUUGCUUUCCUUUACAGUGUGUUCUGUUUUAAUGAUUGCUGGGCAAUAAUAUUAUUGUAUUUACAGCGUGCAAAGAAAGUCAUGUCCGAUAGCCUGGGGCUAGUGGAUUUUGCUAUCGGGCUAGUGAUUUUUGUUCUUAACUUGCCUGACGAGCAAGUGCUGUUUUUUUUGGGAAAAUUCAAAUUACAGAGGGAUUGUAAUCAACCCUACUAAUCAAAAAAGGUUUUGGGGCUUGUUGAAAUGACUUGUGGGCUAGAACAUGCUAGCUAUAGCCUGCCCGAAUGGCAGGCUGUAGAACUGACUUUCUUUGCACCCUGAUUUAACUACCAGAGCUUUGUUGUAUUAGAUGCCUCUUUCAAUCCCCAGGUCUUUCAUCCAUUGUUGAUGACUAUUCGAAGAUUAAGUCAAGGGUGGAGCAGAUGGUGGAUAGUCUGCUGCAUUAUUUUCUUCAGCUUAGAAGUUCAUCACCGGUAGGAAAAUUUCUGCAUUUAUUUAAGGUGGCUGGGUAGGAUUUUUUAACUGCCUGAUAACUAAUUUUCAACCCUUGAAGAAAUUCAUUUAGUCAUGACUUUCUUGGAAUAUCAAUGUUACAUGUAAACUAGCCAUACACUGAAGUUUGAUAUGCAGUUAGCUUUUGGAAGAUGGAAGCGUCCCUCACAACUCGGAUGUUGCCAUGGCGAACUUUUGUUAUUUGGUAUUAAAUUUUGCCGAGAGAAAGGAACUCUUUAGAACAAACAGAAAGCAUGAGUAAUGCACAUUAUGGGUAGCACUUUGGCCAAGUUUGGUUGAUUUCUAUAAGAGCAUUUUUGAAUAAAGCACGUCUGUUUUGGAUUUUUUAAAACAUUUUAACCAAUCCAUGAAAAUAACGAAUCAGUGGAAUGCCCACAAACUUCUCUUCACGCCAUUAGAAAGGUACUUUUUCAAGCCUUCAACCUUCAGUAAAACAACAAAAUCAGUUUGAUCUCUCUGUAUUUUCAGUAUUUCUGCAAAAAUGAAUAGUGUGGCUAAUUUAUUCGUUUAUUUUAAUUUCCAUAGAUGAAUUUUCUCUAAAUUUACUUGAAAGGUCUGUUAUUCCCCAUACUAGUUCCCGUCAAAGUUUGAAGUUUAUUGUUGUAAUCUAAGGGUAUAAAUAACCGACACCAAAACUACAAUGUUUGCACCCUUUCCUUGCAAGAUUUUUCUAUCGUCCAGAUACUCAUACCACCAUUAAGUACAGUCUACAAUGUGUGAAACUUGUAGUGCUUAGCCACUACUCUGAAUAUGAUAAUAGAGGCUGUGUCACUACACAGCGUUUAUCCUCGUUACAUAAUGUCCCACAGAUAAUGCAUGGCAAGCAAAUCGGCAGUAGAAAUCAAAUGUAUUGAAAAAACAUGGUACACUGAGUGAAACAAACUAUCAAAUAGUUUAAAUUUCCCUUUGGAAAAUAUUAAAAUAUUGUCCUUACAGUGCACGGCGUGAAUGUUUCUCCUCCAGUCCACAGGUACUGGUCAUUGCCCUUUUUCAUUGUACAGACUAUUCAUUGUCAGUAAGGACAUGUCCUCUCAGAGGAUGAUUUUUUGCAACACCUGAAAUCACUUUUACCUUCCCAAAAAUUAUUUUUUGUUACUUCUUAUUGUAUCUGAUUCUAUGCGAAACCGGUUUCACUCACUAACAACCUACAGCCAUUAUCUUACCAAUCCACGUCCAAUAUAACUCCACGCCUUCCACUUUACACAUCUCAACCAACCCCUAAAAUAUACAACGCUACUGUACUACUCACACAUCCCUAACACACUUAUAAAACUUCCACACCCAGUACAUGGACACCCAAAUGUGUAUGCCCCCACAGCAUCUUGUUUUUAUUAAUUCAUGUCACAGCUGGAAGCUGCCAACUGCCAUUUAUAUUCAUCUUGGUCUGCUUUAUGUCAUCCAUGUAUAUUUUUCCCAGUACUGAUUUCAAUAAUCAACUAGACUUCCUAAUAUUGAAACUAACUUGAAAACACCCAGUAUCAAAGUCCAACCAAAUUUUCAAUCAUGAACUAUAAUUUCAAACCAAGGUUUGGAAUUGAAUUUCAGCUUAGGAAAGCUUUAUUAUGAAACUGGUGCUCUUUUCUUCAAUCCUCUGGCCAGAUUCUAAUGCUGUUUUUGUGCUAUGACUCGUUAAUGCAUAAAAAUCUCCCUGCGAGAUAUAAAACUGUACAGGACUGUAUUCCUAAAUAAAGCACUAUAGCCCAGACCCAAAAAUGAGGGGGUGGUGUCUAUGCCCAAAGCAAAAUGGCAGAUCAGCCAUGAAUAACCACACUGGAAGGAAUAAUUCAAUUUUGCUGAGAAAUUAUUGAAGUUAAGAGGCUACAAAAAAAUACAGACCCUCUUUAAUGUUUAUUGAAUCAUGAUAUCAUGUUUUUAAAGCCUUAAGGUAACAUACUUUAGAAUGAAAAAUCUGAAAAGUUUGACAAUAAAAUCAAAAUGAAUGGUGAAAUGUUUGUCUUUCUUGUUUUCCAUUGCUUAUCUCUUUAGAGAUCACAUUAUAAACAUGAAAAACAUCUUAUACUAUGAGAUUAUUUCACAACAAAACUUAAAUCAAAGUUUUUCCAUCAACAAUUUUGGGAACAAAUGAAAUACACCAUUUUCUUGCUCAGUCACUAAAUUUGAAAUUCGCGCGCGCGCCAUGUUGAUUCGCCGAAGGUUCCUUCACCUUGUAUGGAAUGGCUCGAAGCACGAGACACACGGAGUUACAUCACAUAAAACACACCCCCAAGUUGAACGGUGUCUCUGGUUUCUUGAUGCACACUAAACACAGCGAUUUAAAGUAACACAGACCGGAAAAUGUGAUUUUCCAUCAAGUACUUCAAUAUCGGUUGAAGCUCGUUUUCUCUUGCCCGAUGAAUAGUUCCCAAUAAGUUUAUCGAGUAAUUCCGGGCGAAAAUCAAGCUGCGUGAUGCCCCCAUGGUUUGGGGAAAGCUGCCGCGAAAUGUAAGCAUUCACUAUCGCUGUUUCAAAAAGAAAAAAAGCCAAAUAACGGUACCAGCUCCGCGACUUUACCAGAAUUCGGUACUCGUUUCUCUUCUGGUCAGCAUAAUCAACGCCACCCAUGAACUUGUUGUAUGCAACUACACACGGCGGUGCGUUCAGGACUUCUUGUGUGCCGUCUUUCUCUCUUCGCAGGACAGUAUCGUCUCCAGUUGGUUGACAAUUGGUGGUCAAGAAGUUCACUUUCUUUUUGUCCUGCCAGGAACAUGCAGUAACGCCAUUUCACUGCAUUGAAAUUGAUUCACCAUGGUUCAGUUUAGCCUCCUUGAGCGGUAGGGGGAAGUCUUUCCCGUUUGCGCGCGUUGUAGCCGUGGCAUAAAUAUUGUCGUCUAGGUGGUCCUUCAUGAGCUUAAAACACGAAAAGAAAUUGUCAAAAUAAAGAUGAUAGUUUCCAUUGGCCAAAUCUCUUGAAAGUUCCUUUACAACUCGUUCUCCGAGCCCAUGUUCUUGCCCUCGAUUUGGUCUCCCUGUAUAAACAUCGAACUGACAAACAAAAUGGCUGACUGAAUCGGCACGAAGCCAAACUUUAAUUCCGUGCUUUGCUGGUUUAAGAGGCAUGUACUGCCUAAACCCAAGGCGUCCUUUAAACUUUAUAAGCCCUUCAUCAAUUGCAUUUUCUUUGUUAGGUUUGUAUUCUGCUGAAAAUGUCUCUGUAAGCCUUUCAAUUAGUGGGCGAAUUUGGUGUAGUUUGUCAUGUCCUUUGUGGCCUCGUGGUACCGCUGUUGUCGCAUCAUUGAAGUGUAGGUACUCGUUUAUUUUCAGGUACCGAUUGCGAGUCAUGGUAUCGCUGACUUUCUUGACAUGAAGAUACUUAUUUCUGGACCAGAAAUGUCGCUCUGAAGGCAAAGUUUUGAUCCCCUGAAGUAUUCGGAUCCCAAAAUAUGCACGAAGGUCGGUGCCAUUCACGGGCGUCCAGUUUUGAUCUUGUCUUCCCGCAGCUCUUUGUUUUUGUUCCGCAUUUAGGUUUGUCUCGUUCACAAUUAAUUCUAUCAAAUCUUCAGGGAACAGUAAGUUGAUAGAAAAAUCUAUCUGCCGUUGCUUCUGGGGGAAGAAUAUUUGUUGGCCCCGUGUCUUUUUCAAAAUUGUUCACAUGAACAUUUCGCAAAUUGCGACUCCAUGUGUCGUCGUCAGGCAAUUCAUCGUCCGAUUCCUCACCGCUUUCUUCGUCACUGCUCUCACUGAAUGAUAUAUCACUCUCCCAGGGGUUUCAAUAAGUUUUUGCACAAGUGGGUACUUAAGAGUUACAGGCGGGUAUAUUUGCCGAAGGCCCUUCGGGCUAAUUUUGAAGUUCUAGACUCUCGCACAUGCAUUUUCAUGCAUUUUCAGGUCUUUUUUUGUUGCUUUGUUGUUUCAUUUUUAUGCUCCUAAGUCAACCAAUUUAAACAAAUUUGAAGAGAAUUAUGUUACAAUGAAGUAGUCACAGUCAACUAUUUCUUUUGAGGUGCUACUUUUUAACACUUUCACCACUGGUAUCUUUAAAAUGGUCUAAGUUUAAUGGUAGUUUCGAAAACGAAGCACUCGAAAAAGGUAGUUUCGAAAACGAAGCACUCGAAAACGAAGACCGAAGCACGAAGCACCCAAAACUCGAAAACGAAGCACCCAAAACUCGAAAACGAAGCACCCAAGAUCGAAAACGAACAAAAUCGAAAACGAAGCACCCAAAACUCGAAAACGAAGCACCCAAAAAACUCGACACUGGUCUGUCCUUUAUAAACACGAGACCAAUGUAAAUACAGCAGAAAUCAAGCGCGAUAACGAGUAUUCGAUAACGAAUCGAACGCAGUUCAAAUCUACUCAAGUUGUAAAUGCAUUUCCGCCGCUGCGUGGGAGGCCCGGUGGGAGGCUAUGUUUUCGACGUGAUCAGAAAACCGAGAACGCGCAAACUAUUUCUAGAAUGUUACUGUAUUGCCAGUAAAAGCCAAUCAGGCGUUAGUCUCCUACACACAGCCGUUCUUUGUGUAGUCACGGCUGCGUGGGGGACUAAUCAGAUGUGAGAAAAUCGCAAACACCAACGGAAAUUGAUUUUCCUUUUGUUGUAGUUGAAAUUUUGUAUGAAUUUUAAUGCGUUGCUUACACGUUGUUUUAGUUGAGACGAUAUUAUUGUUUGUUACCUGCCAUUUGAUUUUUUUUAUGCUUUUUACCUAUUUGAACUGCGCCACCGCACCCGGGCGCCUCACUGAAUAAUAAAAAACGCAGCACUAAUGAGGAUCAGUUUUAAGAGUGAGAUUUGUUUUUAACACUUUCACCACUGGUCACGUUGCCUUUUUCACACCUCUGCAAUUUUUUAAAAUAUUGCGCAAGUUAGAUCAGUCUCACCGAGUCUCGUGUCGGAAUGCGCUGAGUAGAGUGCUAGAGUGCUAGAGUGCUUCGUUUUCGAGUUUUGGGUGCUUCGUGCUUCGGUCUUCGUUUUCGAGUGCUUCGUUUUCGAAACUACCAAGUUUAAUGGGGUUAAUCCUAUAUCAAAAAAAAAAAUUAGUCUUUUCUAUAGAGAAACAUGAUUAUAUUUAGUCAUAUAUCAUUACAAAAACACAGAAGCAACUUAAACAGUGUAUGUAACCGAGUGUCUUAUAUCACUUAUAUCAGUCUGAAGCCACUUAAUUUACAACUAGUCUGGAUUUUCAAGACUUUCAAGAGCCGAGCCUUAACACCUCUUUUGUUUUGACACUGGCGUGAAAUAUGCAAACAACAAUUGCCUUUUCGCCGCCAUUAGAAUUCACACUCUGUCCCAGUUCCCCUCGAUUUCAGCUGAGAUGCCUUGCACAUUUUUUUUGACGUAGCUUCGGAAGCAAUGUUUAUUACAAGUUUUGCAGACUUUGCUUCAACUUUCAUGGGCCAGAAGGCUUGGAAGAUGCCAGAAUGUCUUUUCCUUUUCAUUUCCUUUUGUUUUGCUACAUCAUAAAAUCUAUUUUGCUAAAGUUUUUGGCAAGAAUUCGAAGCUGAGAUGAAAUUACCUGGUGUUACUUGACGUUCGUGUGAAGGCUCCAAGCGGGUAAUCUGCCAGCGGGUAGAUCUACCCGCUACCCGGCUACUAUUGAAACCCCUGCUAUCCCCACGUAAAUCUUUGUCAUUUUCGUCUACGCUAACAGGAAUAUCUUCUUCUCUAAAUCCUAAAAACUCUUCUUCAUCGUCAGUACUAUCAAACAAGCCCCCAUCAGCUGCCGCCAUAUUGAUCGCACUGAACAUAAAAAAUUCAUAAAAACUCAACAAAAUGGUCUGAUGUGAUGCUAUAUGUUCCCAAGGGACCUUUUAUCUUUCUUCUAAUUGGCAGACACAACUAUAGAGGUUUUUGUUUUCAAAAACUGACCAAUAAAAUCGUUAGAUAGAAGCGCAUAUUUUUGGGCCACUCUAGUGGCCUACGGGCGAGCGUGGGCCAGGCCACUACAGUGGCCAACGGACUAUACCUCCUGAUGGAGACAUUAUCAUUCAAAUAUUUUGGUAUUUUCAAGAACGUAUUUUGUAUAUUCAAGAUAUUAACAUUUACACUGAAGUAUGCCAAAACUUUUGUCUUUUAUUGCUGUGCUAUGCUGUGCUAUCUUAUAUCCUGAUAUGAAUAAGUGAUUGCACGCAUCCAUUGUUAUAUCUUUUAUGAUAUUAUAUGAGUACCAUCCUGGCUCAUUAGGUAAGACCAGUGUGAUGAAAAAAAGUAGAACAAAAUAGCCAUGGUUGCCUGCAAAGUUAAUCGUGGUCUAAUAAUAGGGCUGGAAUCCUCAGUAAGGAAAGGAGUGAGGGUAUCUUUGAGGCAUACGACUUAGGACUUUUCAAAAUAGUAAGUCGGCGUGGCAAUAAUUGACAAGGUGUGUGUUGUGUUUGCACAAAGUCGAGCAUGCCUGGUGAUUCCUGAAAGGGUGAGGAACAAUUGUACCAGUGAACUGGGGUUGUUCUUGUUCUGGUUGAAGCAUUAUGUGAAGCACUUUUGGAUGUAUGCGGUAACAGUGGGGGUUAGUCCUUUGACCUUUCCUUUAUGUGCAUAUAACUUUCACCCAAGAGUUCUAGUUGAGUGGUUAAUGUCACUAAACUCCUUGAUCUCAUAAUUGAUGAUUGUCUUAAGGUAGCUCUCAAUGGUGGUGUCAUUGUCGCCCCCAUUGGAAGAAUACAGGAAGAUAACUUUAUUAAGCCGUGAAAUGUACAAAAUAAACAAAACUGAGCUGAAGCAGUUUCCUUGCAGGGCACCACAGCUCAAAUUAAAAUCAUUGGAAGACCAGUUGUUGAUAUGAACACUUUGCUUUUGGUCAGAUAGAUAUGAGGCAAACCAAUCAUGGGCAGAGCCGAUGAUUCCAAAAUUGUUUUCAAGGACAUCACGAAGAAUUUUGUGAUUGAUGGUGUCAAAAGCUGCAGUCAGGUCUAAUAGCACUAGAAGUGUUAUUUCCUGAUUAUCCAUAGACAUGAGAAUAUCACUCUGAACUUUAAGCAAAAAGCUUUUUUUUAACAAUGGAACAUCCAUUCAAAAUGCACCCUCAAAUUAGUACAAAAAUUACUCAUAACUAGAAAAUUACUCAAGAGCAAAAGAUAUUUUUGAGUUUUAUUACUUGUUUGCCUUGUUUUUUAUGAUAAGGAAAAGCUAAUCAAACAAACUGUUCUUUAUUAAAUUCGAAAUAAAUAAAACAUUUUGAAUUAGUAUAAAUUUCUGUUUGCGUCAGAAAAUGCAACUAAUUAGUGAGAAUUGUAAUAAAUAAAACUUCAUGAAAGUAAAAAGACAUGGUGGAACUUUCACCCUUUCUCUUUGCUGACUUCCUUAAGGAUGUUGCCCAGUAUUGCAAAUGCGUCAAAUCGAAAAUUUUUGCUGUUCCUUUCUAUACUGCUGGUCAGCCUUCAUCAUCCUCUCUAUGAAGGCCUUUGUUUCUUUGUUGGGAAUGGACAAGGAAAGACACCAAUGUCGGCUCAUCCACACCUGAGGCGCGAUAAUCGGUCUUUUUUGGCUGUUUUUCCUUGUGUUCUUCCUUGCUUCUUUGGUGUUUUGUGACUUGCAUGUGGCUUUUUGUUCUUCCUUUGUUUUUGAAGAACAUCAGUUUGGACAACACCAGUGGAUCGUCAUUUACUGGUUCAUCACCAUUAACAUGCUGCUGCUAAAGUGCCUGGCAUGUUCUAGUAGUGUAAUUUUUGGGUGCUUGAGGAGGCUGACAGUGUGCUUAUUGUUUGACCAAGUUGUCAGGUAAAAUGGCUUAGUAAGGAAACCUGGACUCAUAGUGCCAACAGUUACAUGAAAAAAUAAGACAUUGUUGACCUUUUUUUUCCUUUUUUACGUCCAUGUGUUAUGACAUAUUAGUAUAAUUAGUUAAUUGCAGAAGAUCUUGGCAAGUUCUACUAAGCUUUUAAAGGGAGAUUCCCGGUGAUAAAUUUGGUGUGAACUAUCACUUAGGAGAAAUACAUGCAAAAAGCCAUACAAUUCUACGUUUUUGUACUACGUGAAUUGUGGCAGCGGAACUGCGACACUGACCUUGCAACGAGCAGUAAACGUACAAACAACAGCUCAGUUUACUCGGAGUAUCCACAGAAAUUCAUUUACACGCACUCUUGAUUCAGACCACUGACUUUCCUAACAAAUGGCUGAUUCAGAAGCAAUGAGUGAAGCCAUAAUGUGAUGAUAUGAUGCGAUAAUGCGGUAACGAAAACUGUAAGAAAGCGAUAAAAACCUAGCAUUACAAGCAAGCACGGCGUGAAUACGAAAAUACAAUAAAAACAAGAACAUAUCACUCUAAAUGAACAGAAAAAACUCACAUCUGUGUCCUUAUGCCUUGCAACACCUUAGAGAGUCCUUAAUCCGUACAAAGGAGAGUCCUUGAUACCGUAAACCAUAGAGAAACCUUAAUUUAACUGUCUUACUAAAAUCUCUGGGAAAACGUUUUGCAAAGAAAAAUGCAACUAGUGUAGUCAUCCGGGACCCGGCUCGGUCCAGGCCACCGCAAUGCAAUGAAAUGUCGCACAAAAAAUGUCACACAGAAAUGUCACGCAUGAUUCUGCUGCAAUAGUGAUAUCAAAUAGUUACUGGUACUUAAAAGAAUCCACAGCAUCUUAUGCUUUUAGAGAAAAGGUCUUCUCUGAUCUUUGAUGCCCAAAGAACACCUUGUAAUUGUGACCUCGGACUUUCUUUGAAGCCUUUAAGUUUGUAUAAUGGAGUGAAGGUAUUUUAGUGCGUCUGGAAUCUGUAGAGCACUUCAAGUUGCGUCUUUUGUGUACUGGAACGUGGAAUUUUUAGUUGGGGAAUGCUGCAGUACUUAUAGUGGUAGAGCCCACUAGUAAUGGUGGAUGGAGGCAUAAGAUCUAAGAGGUUGCUGGUACUGGUUGGGGUUUGACAUUUGUCUUUGUUCCAACAAUUGAAUCAAAUCGGUCAUCAUCUUUGCAUUUUUGGGUGCUGUUGAAGAUAUGCCUCAUUUUUUUUGGCAGUCAUUCAACAAAAAAUUCACCAUGGUGAACACUUACCUGUGUCCACUUAAACUCUGUGUCAGGGGCUAUGGGACUUUAACUGACAGUGUAUUUUAGGGAUUACUGAACAGUGCUCUCACCACCAAUUUUAGUGAUGGCAAGCUACAGGAAAACAAGUCAUUACCCAGUUUCAAGGCCUAUUCCAUUAAUUUGUCAGUCUCUAGACUUAACUCCAUCAAAGCCAGUGUGACCUCGCUCAGUUGGGUUUUUGGUGGUUUUCUGAUAGAAGGGCUGCAAUGGGUCCCCUUGUUAAAGCAUGGUCACUGUCCUUGUUUAACGGUCACCUUUCUUCUUGUAGCAUCUUGAGGCUUACAUUAAGCAACAAAGAACAGCACCAACUCUCUUAUUCAAGAAAGACAGGUGGCAUCAAUAUUUAUGAAAAUCUAUUUCAUUUUUUGCAAUCUGUCUUGAUAUCCUACGGCUGCCUUUUUACUAAAUUAACCGAGAAGAGUGUCACUUCUCAAGUAUAAACACAGUGAUUGCAACAUUUUCUUGUGAAUAACGAGAAUGUAAAGUGAGAGUGAUUUUUUUACUGAUUAACUAGAAUUUUUGUUUGUUAGUAAAUUACCAAAAUAGACGACUUCAAUUGAAGCCGCCUAAUUCUAAUUCUAUAAAUCCAGAUGGUCUUUACUGCAAUGUAAACACAAUUUUUCCAUUUUGAAAAUGUAAAGGUAGUGGCCCAAAGAACCGAAUGUAUAUGAUUGGUGUUUUCUUGAUCACAGGGGGUUAUGUCCUAGGACCUAUGGACAUAAUUAAUAUAUGCUGAACUUGGUGAAGCAGUAAAGUCUGAAGCCUUCUUCAUUGUUGGGUAAUUCCAGACAAGUAGUGUCUACAAAGCACACAUGUUUAUAGUACCCACGGAAAAAUUUACUUUGCUGGAUCGAGCGUCACUGGAAGAGCCCGCAGUGGCAGGCUCCCCAUUGUCAUUUGAGUUUUCAUCGAAAGCAACGCAAAGAGCUACUACGGGCUGUUUACCCGCAGCAGCUUGGGGCACCUUUAGCUUCACCGGCCGGUACGACCACCCCCAGCAGAUGGUAUAAGCACACGACCUGACAUAGGACAAGCCCACCAAACAAGAAGAGAACACCAUUGUCUCACUCACAAUAGCUGGGCAAGAUCACAGCCCCAAAUAAAUAAGCCAUAUGACUGAUGUUAAAGUCUGGCUAGGCAGAUGUAAGUAGCCUGAGGGCCUAUGGCCGCCGGCUAGCGGCGGCAAUGUGAAUGCCCAUCCCGCCAUAAAAUCCAUGGGCAGUAUAAGGCCCGCACGUAUGUAGGGCCUUCCGCCCUACUGUGCCUCAUUUUCCAGAUGUAAAAGCAGACUUCGGCUCAAAAGAGCAUGUGAAGGGACAUAGCCCUGAUGUUGAAUUUGUGAGUGAUAGGCACAAUCAUCAAGUAAGGCAGACAAGGCCCUGCCAGGUGCGGCUGUGUAGACUAGGGGCAGCACUCACCAGCCAGCUAAUAACGACUCCCGCCGCGAGAAGGCAGCACGCUAUGGAGAGUCAAUGAUGUCUUUUUCUUGUUAUCAAGCAAUGUAACAAAUGUGGAUGAUGCACACUUUUGACCUCAAAGUCAAUAUUGGAUCAUGUAAAUGACUUAAAACACUCAUUUUUGAGAAAAACCCCUAUGGUAGAGUCAAUACAUGUCUGAUGUAAACUUCUUUCAAAUCGAAUUUGAAAAAUGGUAGUUACCAUGUAAACUACCACAAUAGACAUUUUGUAAUGUCUGUGCCAUUCCUACAUUUUUUCUUUUGUUGAUUAUUUGUUUAAUGGAUUUUUAAGACAUCUCCUACAUAGCUAAACAUUGAUUAGAAACUACCUGCUAAAGACAAAGCUCUUGUAAACUGGAAGAUUCAAGCGAUAACUGAAGUAGGGGUCAGAAAAUGUCUCCUCUGUACACAUGCUAUACCUAAUUGACUUUCUACAAGCAAAAAAGGCUUCUAAUAGCCUUGUAAAGAUUCACUUUGUCAUGAAUUGCCCCUGUGCUCCCCAUAAAUCCAUGACAAUUUAUUUAACUAUAGAAAUGGAUUAAUCACAAACAAGGAUUCGUCUCACUAUCAAACUCGCUCUCUCCUGAUUACUAAGUAAAAGUACUCUAGCCGUGAGCUGUGUAUAAAAGAUGAUACUAUUUGAAUUUCAACAACUGCAAUAAUUACAAAAUCUCCUGCGGAAAAGCUAAUUGCUGUUUAAUUAUUUUGUUUCUUUUCCUAUGUGUCAAUCUAAACCACUGAAGCACCACCAUAAAGCUCCUCUUGAGGUAUAUGUCUCCCAAAUAUCAACUUCACAUGAUUGUUCGUGACUUUACACUAAAGAAAAUGAAAUAAAAGAAAGUGUUCUUUUAGUCUUGCCCCUGUAGAGCAAUGGGCUUAAUGUUACCUGCUGCUGCUCUGCAGCAAGGUCAGAAGACUUUUGCCUCAGUAUUCAUCGUUACAGGGCAGGGUUGUUACAACUCAACUCCAUGGGGAAGAGAUGUUGAAUGGUCCUUUAUCUAUUUCCCCUCGUGGUUUCUAAUUGAACAGCUCCAAUAAAACAAAUGACAUCCCCUUCAUGUCUUUUUGAUGGUACUAGUUAGCCACCAAUUCUGAUUCUUCCUAUACAAUUUGAUGAGUAUUUCAUCUACCACUUUUUUUUUCAAAUUUGUUUCCUUUUUUGAACAGCUUGCUAAAGUGGAAAUUAAAGUAAAACUGUAAGCUGUAACAGGACCAAAAAGGACAUCUGACUAGUGAAAAAAAAAAAAAAACCUGAAUGGUAGAUGGUCGAGUUUGAGACAGCUUUUUUGGAGGCAGUUCUUGGAUUUAGGUGCCUGUUGACCGGAUUUUGGGUUUCGGUGAUCAUGGAACACCUGCAAUCGGCGACAAAAUGAGUUGAGACACUUUGCCCAAAAGUAGGCUUUUUUACGUUUUAUGAACUUCAAAAGGAGGAAAUAUAGCUUUCCUCCCCCAUCCCCUCCGUACAAUGUUGGGCCCUUGUUCUCGCUACCUGUAGAAAACAACAAACACCUCAACUUUGAAUGGAGGGGACAGGGGAGGGGUGCAGAUUCUUUUGUUCUCCGAAGUCACCCUAUUUAAGUACAAUGUCUCAACAAUUUUGUCGCCGAUUGUGGCUACCAGAUAUAUUGCAAACGGGCAGGUGAAAUACCACAAACAUAUUGUACUUUCUCGCUCCAGGAUCUCAUCAGGCUUGUUUGCAAUUGAAGGUUACUGCUUGAUGUCUUUUGUCUGGUCUACUCAAAACUCCAUCCUUUCCAGCAUCAGCAUCCUUUGCAACCUUGGACAACUCUUUUACAGAUAGUUUCAGCAAACUGUAAACCAUAGUGCAAUGCUCAGACAUAAGGGUCCGUGAAAGUUAAAUUUCUGUAAAGAAGAGUUAAAGAGUAUCUUUUUUUGGUGCAUAGUGACUGCUUGAUUGACAGAAAAAUCAAUGUUACCAGAAGAUUUUGGUUGAUGAUGAUGUAGGUAUCAGGUGCUAUUUCCUGGGUAUACCUUGGGAGAAUUGGAUUCUGACCAGUUUCCUCUGCCAACAAUUUAAAUUAACACUAAGACAAGACUUGAGACUGGAAUGGGUCAAAAGUUUCUGGAUCUUUAUUAACCAAGGGAAAGCGAGCGAACCAGAAAUUAAAACCCCAAACCCGAAUAAGAGGACGAGAUAAUAUUAAUAAGAAUAAAAAUCGGAUGUUGGUGAACUAGCGAUUUGCUAGUUUAGUGGUGAUGGCGUUCAAAAGGGCUAGUUUUUUGGAAGAUGAUAAAGUAAGAUAAACUAAGGAGGCAUCACUUUUCCAAUCUCCUUGAGCCUUGAUAAACUCGAUGGGAGCUCUGCAAUUGAAGGCGAAGGUGGCACCCCCUUUUCUGAAACUGCGCGAUGAAAAAUGCGUGGGAUCCUCGCCAAUAGACGAAACGCAACACUUGAGAAACAAAUUGAAAUGCUGGGCUAAGAAGGGCGUGAACCCAGAACCGUGUGGUGCUAAGAAAACCGGAGAAUCGGAAGACGCAGGAAUCAAACUGAAAUAAGUCGUGAGCACGGCUUCCGGACACAAAAUGGAGUUAGGGAUAACGGGAAGGGGUAUCUCCAAGAUCUUUUGCUUGAACUGAAUGUCUUGGUCUUAAAAACGUGAAGAUAAGCACCAGAGGCUGUGAAAGUAAUAUCCCUACGACGAAGGACGAAACUGGCGCUAGAAUGGACAUCAGACAAAGUAUACAAGUCAAGUCAAGUCAAGUCAAUCUUUAUUUAAACACGGUAAAAUCCAUCAGGAAUUUAAAAAAUUAAAAAUAACCUAACUAUCCUAAACAAAAUUCAAAACCUGACUACAACUAAUCUAACUAAAACCUGUUUUUCAUGAAUGCCGUGUAUAACAUUAAAAAUGAACAUUAACUAAUCUUUUAAAUUGACUAAGAGAUUCGGCUUCUCUCACAUGACAGGGUAGGCUGUUCCAGAGAACUGCUCCGCUAUAAGUAAAGCUGUUUUUCAUGAAAUUAGUUCGCGGAAAUGGGACAAAUAGUUUGUUAACAGAGUCCCUCAGGGAGUAACGCGUUUCAUUUCGUUUAACAAACUUAGAUGAUAAAUAUUCAGGAACAAGGCCAUUUGAAAUUGAGUGCUCAAGUCUUUCCAAUCGAGUUGUCUAAUCAAACGGUUAGCAUCAGCAUCAUAGCUAGAGAAGGUUAAAACGCGAGCGGCACGGUUCUGAAGCUUCUGUAGCCUGUCAAAUAAUGUUUUACCACAAUUACCCCAGACAAGAUUGCAAUAAUCGAAAUGAGAUUGAAUUAGUGAGUUGUAUAUAUAGUGAAGGGUAGGUGGAGGGACAAAAGGUCUAAUUCUUUUUAUUGCUCCAAUUCGAAGCGACCUUUUUAGAUAAUUUAUCAAUGUGUGUUUGCCACCGUAGAUUUUCAUCAAUAAAUAUUCCAAGCGAUUUGACAGAGGAAACGUGUUCUAUCGGAACAUUAUUAAUCGAGAGCUCAAGUGGGUUCGACAAAGUACUCAAUUUUUGUCUGGAGCCAAUUAGCAUGAAUUCAGUUUUAGAAGUGUUCAAAGUAAGUUUAUUGGAAAUAAGCCAUUUGUUUAGGUUAUCUAAAUCGUGACUCAGAGUUAACUGUAUUGAAUUCACAUCAACGCCAGCAUAAGUAAUGUGGGUGUCAUCGGCAUACAUUCUAGGCUGGCACAGUAAAAGGCAGUUUGGCAAGUCAUUAAUAUAAAUAAGAAAUAAAAAGGGGCCAAGGAUUGUUCCUUGCGGUACCCCACAUUUAAGAGAGCAGAUUCUAGAAAGAGAACCGUUAACAAGACAUCGUUGUACGAUUAGUUAAAUACGACCUAAACCAAUCAAGAGCUGUACCUUGUAUUCCGUAAAGGUUCAUUUUAGCUAGAAGGAUAUCGUGGUCAACGGUGUCGAAAGCCUUUUUAAAUCGAGGAAAACCACAGCAUUAACAUUGCCACGAUCAAUAUUAAAGGCCCAAUUAUCCGUAGCUUCCAGAAGGGCAGUUGCAGUUGAGUGUAACGGCGAAAAAACCCGAUUGAUGAUUAGAAAUGAUAUCUUCAUUGGUCAAAAAGUUAUACAACUGAUCAUAAACAAUCCUUUCAAACACUUUAGCUAUAACGGAAAUGACUGAAAUAGGUCGAUAAUUAUUCAGAUCAGAUGGCUCACCUUCCUUGAACAACGGAGUAACUCUAGCACAUUUCCAAUCAUCAGGAAAUAUACCAGAGACUAAAGAUUUAUUAAAGAGAUCACAUAGUGAAACUGAAAUAAGAUCAGCACAUUCACGUACAAUUUUAGCAGAAAUAUUAUCAAGACCAGUUGCUUUAGAUCUACAUAAUUUGUUUAGAUGUGAGAAAACAAUGCUGCAGUUAGUCGAGGAGAAGCUGAAAUUGUUGUUAUUUACCUUUAUAUUAUUGAUAUAACUUGAAUUAUUUUCAGCAGUUAGAGGUAUUUCAUUAGCAAGUCUGGGCCCAAUUGUUGAAAAAUGGUCAUUAAAAGCAUCAGAAAGCUCACUAGAAUUAGAGAUAAUGGUAUCAUUCAAUUUCAGUUCUUUCACCGUUGUAUUAUUCACACGACGGGAUGUAAGCUAAUUAAAGGUUUGCCACGUUUUUCGAGGAUUACCCUUAGAUUGAAUAAAUGCAUUAGAAUAAUAAGAUGCUUUAGAAAUUUUGAUGUCAUUGUUUAUUAUAUUUCGCAACUUUUUGUACCUUUUCCAAUCGUGUGGAUCAUUCGAUGUAAUUGCUUUUCUUUUGGCAGCAUCACGAUCACGCAUGCCUUUCUUUAAUUCUGAAUUGAUCCAGGGUGCUUUAUUUGUUCUAGUACGUCUAGUUCGGAGUGGCGCAUGAAUAUUAACAAUAUCCAAAAACUUCGUUUUCCAGUCAGACCACAAAACAUUUGGAUCUUCAGAAACAUUACAGGACCAGUCUUGCUGAGCGAUAUCGUUACGAAAACUCUCUCUAUUAAAAUUUUGGAAAUUUCUAUAAGAAAUGGUUGAGUGCCCUUUUGAAGGAAAAGUCUACUACCAUUUAAUGCUGAGGCGUCAAUAACCGAAUUAUCAAUAUAAGUAAAGUUAUCAUCUACUGCUGUGAGCUUGACCCUCUCAUUAACUUCAAUGCGUUUAGCAUCGACGUUGAUAUCUUCUCUGUAGACUAUACCCGAGACCAAUGCUUGAGUUAGAAACUUGCUCUUCACCUUCAAUACAAGGCUCUUGAUAUCGGCGACACAUGAAUCGGCAGACUCCGAUGGAAGAUUGUUAGUGCCAGUAUGGAUGAUGACGUGAGAAGGAUCAGCGGAUGCAACAGCGAUGUUGUCAACAGCUUCAGCUAUUUCAGCAGUGGUUUUCCGGGAUAUGAGAAUUUAUGUACAUGUCUUUGCGAAAGCUUUUUGGAUCAAUGUGUUUUAUCAUUGAGUCACCAAUAAGCACUAUGGGUCUUGUCUUUCCGACUUCACCGCUUUUGGAGUUAUUUGCACUAACUCGAGAGGUAUUUAUGUGCGCUCCAGACUGAUGCAGUGGCAUCUCAGAGGAUACUUGACUCAAGGAGAAGAGACAAGUAAGGCCUGAUAGCGGUUAUGACUAGUUGGAAUUGAAUCAAAUGCCCGGCUCGCUUCAGAUGAAUCAACAUGUGAAUGUUGCUGUUGCUGUUGUUGGCGACUUUCUUCGUUAUUUGCAGUAUAGUUGUCCUCAUUUCUCACUUGGAAUUGUACCUCACUUCUAAGGGGCUCAAAUCUGUUCUGAGUUUCUAUAUUGCAGGCCGCCAACGGCCGCUGGAUAUGUUUAUCAUUCACACUUUUCCCAAGUGUGCCCACUUGGGACCAACAAUCACAUUUCUUUUGUUGGCGGCAUUCGCCCUCGCUUCUUUCUUGCAUAAUGAUCUUCAUAGCCAGCUUAAGAGAAUCAUUUUCUUGUUGCAAGGACAAAACUUGGCUCUCAUAGGAAAAACACUUUUCCUCCAACACCUCAAUUUCAUUAUCUUUUUUUUUAGAUAAUGUCGAUAACACCUUCUCAUACCUCUCUUUGUAAUCGAGGAGCUCGGCGCUAAAAGCGGUUUCUUGUAAUUUGCAUUUCGUCGACAGAAGGCUUGUAUUUGCUUCAACCUUUUUCUGAAGAAUUAGUAAAUCCAGUUUUAAGCCCUCAAUAUCAGCACUGAUAACCGAGUUCGAUCGCUCUUGAAUACUGUUCUCAAGUCCGGCGUCGGCGGCCGAAGCUAGUCGAUUACUGCAGAUGCCAUUGGCUUCUUGCGAAGACGGAAUUUCUUGCUCGGUUGUUGAAGCAUCCAAGACAGGCGUAUCAGCUUCUGUUCCCUGUUUAUUUUGAAUAAACUUGACCAACUUGUCCUUUAAGGAGGGACCAUCUCGACCUUGGAAACAAAGGGUUAGCUGUUUCUUAUUAUACCAGUUGAUGACGGAACCAAAGUGGAAAUUCUGAGAAAUGAGAAAAAUGUGACCAGAAAAGCUGCACGGAUGCAGGCAUGAAAAACAUUGCGUGGUUGAAAUGACUGAAAAAUGCGUAAUAACAUGUCUAUAGUGAUAGGAAAUGCGUGAUAAACAUGAUCACCCAUCACGCGAAUUUAUCCUCGCUGUGUAAGAAAACAGUCGUAAUCGGACAUGAAAGACAGAUGGGCACCUAAAGCGUUGUUGAUGUGCUUCAGAAUAUUAAUAUAAUUGAGGAGUGACUGAUACGACGCCAAUGAUUGGGAAAGAAAAACUAGAUAAGCAAAGAAAACGUGUUUGGAGACGGGAAAAGGACUAAACUGAUAAUGAGCGCAAAAAUUAAGAUAGGCUUGCAACUGGCUACGCAUGUUGCAUUUCAUCGAUUCUUGAAAGGCAAAUCAUUGGACAUGAUAUGCGUAAUCAACUAACGUUUGAGAGCGAUCUGCAAAAAAGAAAAAAAAAGAAAGAAAAAAUGUGUUAAAGAAAUAAAAAACUGAAUAAAGAAUCUGGUAUAGAGACCUCUACGAGUUCAUGGGUGACCGCAUAAUGGUCAACAAAUCGUCUUGCGAAAAAAUCCGAGUCGUAACGGCUGAGCGAUCAGCAAUAUAAUUCUCUUUGCUUGGUACGUGAUGAAUAACUAAAGAAAUAUUAUGAACAAAAAGGAUCAGCCAGAGUUCGCGUAAACAACACUGCAUGUAAACAUUUGACAACGACUUGUUGUUAUUUGCAGCGAUACAGGCGGUGUUGUCAGAGUUAAGUUCAACGUUUAGACCUUGAAGGUGUGUGGCCCAGAGUUUGACUGUCACAACAACAGUUAAAAGUUCCAAUGCAUUGAUGUGCAAUGUUAUAGCCAAAAUGGUAGGAGGAAAACUGCGCUUGAAGUUUUCACCGAAACAUAGGCAAAAAGAUUAGGAUUUGCGAUCGUGACAUUGGAUGGGAUGACAGACAAGCCAUUAUAAUGCUGCAAAAGAUAAAUCCACUACGUAAUAUCGGCACGCAUGUCACAGUUAUCUGAACGUUUGGGCUUAGCUUUGCCAGCUCUAACUGCGCCCUCAUAAGCUCCAACUGCAACUGUAGAUUGCUGUGCUUCAAUUGCUCCAAUUGGAUCUGCUUAUCUAGUGACAAAGGUUGAUGUGCUGCUGGGGUCAUUGUCUUUUGUUGUGUGCUUUUCUUUGGCUUCGUGCUUUGGGCGUCUUGGAUUUUACAGCUGAUAUUCUACAAUCUUAAUUAAAUCUUUUGACAAGUCAAAACAAACAAACCCUAGUCCAAAUUCUGUUUGGGAAACAUAAAUUGCCUUGACAACUUUAUCGUUGCAACAGCUCGCUGUUGUGAUCAGCAAAUUGCAGCCAUCGGUGGUCUGGGGUGAGCCAACCUUUCUGAAUGUUUCAUGGAGUGAUGAUGUGAUGAGGAAGAGAUAACGCCUCUUAUGAUCUAACACAUAGUUUGGUCAAUUCUUCCUUUAACAGCUCCCUUUACAGUUUCACUCAAUUUGAGGGGGGUAUUAUUUUUGCAACUUGGGCUAAAGGUUCGUUACUUGUGUUCUGUCUGGGUGGUGAUCCUGAUAGACAGUAAAAUGCCUCUAGAAUUACCCUUUAAUGGAAAUAUAUGUUGGUACAAUUGACAUGUCAUUUGGCAACUUCUCUUUUCAGAGCAAGCAUGAUGGUCUUAAUAAGUUAAAGAGAAAACUUGUAAGAACAACAUUGUAAUCGAUUUUUAAUUUACUGUCAAUAAUAUUAUUAUUGAAGCGACAUGCUUGGGUUUAGCAGCGUUUUACACAGUCUUUGGAUGUAACUCAUUGUUUGAAACUAAAAAGCAGUUUAGUAGUGGGAAGUUUGUUUUAUUACAUUUAAGGGAUAAAGCUUCAAAUGAGUACUCUCGAGUUAUGAAAACAUUAACAAUAACAUUUAUUAUUUGUAUUGCGCCUUUUCUAUAAAAUAUUCAAAAGUGCAUCACAAUAUAGCCUCCCCGCAGACGUCCUUUGAACUUUGUCACGCAUUCAUUUCUCCGUGACAAACCCCAAAGGAUGUCUGUGGGGAGGCCAAUCACAAUAGUAAUUAUUAAUAACUAAAUUUUACAAAUCUUUCUGUCAAAAAUCGUAAGAAUAUUUACUUUAAGUGAGUAAAAGAUAAUUACAAAUAUAGAUAUAGAUAUACUAAGAUAACUGAAAUGAUUCCUUAAAUAAAAAUGUCUUAAUUAAAGUCUUAAAAGAUUCUAAGUUCGUUACUUGGCGCGCGGACCUUGGCAGCUUAUUCCAUAGGAGAGGAGCAGCUACCUGGAAAGCAAUGUCUCCCAUUGUUUUCUUGGUUUUCGCACUUGGUUUUUCCAAGAAACGACCAUUGUCGUUGCGCCUCAAAUUGUAGGACGAAGGCUGUUGAAUACUAAUGAAAUCUGAAAGGUACUUAGGUGAUAGGCCAUGCAAAAUUUAAAAGUUGUCAAGAGUAUCUUAUAAUGUAUCCUAGAGUGCACUGGCAACCAGUGUAAUUCUGCGAGUAGAGGUGUUAUAUGACAGAACUUGUGCGCGCGAUAUAUAAGUCUUAGACUCGCAUUCAUAACAUGUUGCAGUUUCAUAGUCUGAUAUAUCACUGAAAAAAGCAUGAACUAAUUUCACAGUUUAUUCUCUGAAUAAAUAUUUCCUGAUAUGACAGUGAGUUCCCAUAUCUAGAUGCGUAUCAAACCAUGUGCCUAAACUGUGCGCAGAGGCUUCAGGAGAGACUUCAGUCUGGUAUAUUUUCCAGUUCCAGUAAAACAAUCAUGUCUAUAUAAUAAAUUGAAAUAAUCAUGAUAUUGGAUUAAGGGGAACCUCACAUGGAGGCUAGCGCAAGUGUAAGGACUGCAGUUUCUUUUGCACCACAUGUCCUUGUGGUUCUUGAAGUGAAAUUUGUCGCACACCAUUACCGUUUGUGACAUUUUCUUGGCCGUGCUAGUUAGCUGGUUUCUUGUUAGGUUUUGCGUGAAUUUCUUGAGCUGGCAUGCAUCAUCAUAGCAAAUUGUCUGUAAAAUUUGGAAAGAUGAUUAAUAACUUAGGUAAUUGUAAAUGAAAUGGAAUUUGGAUAACUUUUGUAAUUAUUAAAAUAGAACAGGUAACCUUUGUGUCUCACGGGUGGAAUGUAUUUGUAAGAUUGAUCAGCUCUUCUGGUAUGUUGUUAUGACAAGGAACUACUCUGAAUGGUUAUGAGAUUAGUCUCAUUUCUGGUUGUCUGAAGUCUCUUUUAUAACACUCAAAGGUAUUUAAAUAGUUCGUAACACUUGCUUGAAAUAAGUUGAAAGUACGAACAGGUUACCAUACCAAUGUCAGUAUUUAUUAAUGAUCACCAAUCACUUUUCCAGAUAUUGACUCUUAAAUUGUCAGUACAAUGCAAAGGAGUUUACUUAGAGAGGGUUAGAUAAACUAAACCUUAUGAAGUAACAGGAAAAAUGUAUGAUAGUCAUGAACAUUAACCUGUUUCAUCUGAUAGUGUGAAGACGCUGAGGACAUAAAAGACAUAUUGCUUUCAGUUGGAUCCUCUCCACUCUUUAGAGAUGUUUCCUUGUUUAGACUUACCCAGCAAGUCAGUGGUUUUGCUUCCACUCUUAGACCUGUUGCUGAAGGUAUGCAUUCGUUCUUUUUUUGUUUUUGUUACACUGGUCUUCUGAUAACGUCUCAUUAAUUUGUCUGGUGCAGCAGUUCUUUUAGGCAUAGUUUAAUUUAAUAGUGCUUGUAUGCCUUACAAUUGACCAUUUAAAGCCUUCUGGACAAGUAACAGUCUUGGUAGAGUAUUCAGUAGGUUGCUUCUUACUAUUAUUACCUGACUUCCUGCUGUUGCUUACAGAGGCUAUUGUUUCACCUUCUCCCUUUUAUAUCAGGACUCCCUGUAUUGAAUUACUGGAGAGAGAAAGUCAUAUCUCUCGUUAUUUUAAGAUUACUUUUGGCUAAACAUCUGAUAACUAGAAAAAUGAAAUAUAACUAAUCUUAUAAAAAAAUCUUAUUAUGUUUAAGCAAGGCUGCUGUCUAAGAAAAUUUUUUGGGAGUCGGAAACAUUUUUAAGAGCCCACAAAUCAAUAAACUGUCCAUUUGCUUUAAAGAAUUGCCAAAUUUUCCUCUGCCUUCUCGGUCAAAAUUGCAACUUCAGAGGCACUAAACUUAUGCUUUCUGGCCUUGUGGUACCCCUUUGCGGAAGCCCUUUAUUGCUUUUCGCCAGUACUGACAAGUGAAUGUUUAGUGUAUUAUGGGAUGCCAACCUCGAAUUAGUUGCCAUUAACCUGCAGUUAACUAACCUGUCUUUUAAGGUGUCUGCACUGGGAAAUUUUGUUCUCGAGGUACUAAAGAGUACCAAAAUAAAUUAUGCUAUGUCACCCAAAAGGUGUUAAUUUAAUUAACCCCUAGGGUGGCACGGAAAGAGAAAAAUCGAAAUUUCAGAAGAAGCCUUAGAGUUAUUGUAAAGAAUUGUAACAGAAAUAGUAACGUAGGAUAGAAUAAUUCUGUGUUGGACCAUGAGUGUUGGACCAUGACACAGCUCCAAUUAAUCCACCCUCUAGGUCCAAUUUGAUCCACAUUUUGAUAUCAAUAACUCAGCUGUAGGGCAACUCUAACCUUUGGUCGAACACAGAUCUCUUCAUUAACAUGGUCUUUGUGUAUUUGCUAAAUUUUAUGAAGAAAUAAUCCAUACCUCCAAAAAAGUGGUUCCUGUCAGUCACGGUAAAUCGGUCACGCUGUAAUUAAUGCUUUUCCAGUGAAAAAAAGCUGUAUUUUUUUUUACUGCCAUUUUGAAUCACUGCUGUGUAAAAUUCUUGCAGAAGCCCAAAAAAAUGCUUUAAUAAACUCUCUAUAGUCCCCUUGGAUUUUGAUACGUGACUAGCUGCUAGGUGUGACGCAGUUCUGGAAGGUGUGUUAGAGAGAGACUUAAUUUAUUUGUAUCAGGGUAGCCCAUUCUGAGGCCUUCAGCACUGCUAUCAAUUAGCGCCCUGAUAAAAAUUAAAAUCAUAAAACUCAUCAAAACUAUACAAUAAUAAGAUAGACUAAUACAAGUAAACGCUAAGAAAACUUUGUCUUAAAAUACAGACUAUAAACAGUUACAGUGAACAUAAAUAAAAUCUUAAAAAGGAAAAAACAUUUAAAGUGUAACCUAUUAAAAGUUUUACAACCGUUGUAAUAAAGUGUUUAGCAAUGUCAAUUUGAACCCUUGGAAAGUGCAACCUGUGCACUUGUCUAGAAAUGCAAAAUAGCUUUUAAGAAUUGUGGGCAGUGUCCUUUAAUGCGUCUUUUAACGAAACAUGGUUCUCUCGUCUAUUUACCAGUUAAGAUAAUCUAAAGCUUUAUCACUGUCACUUUUUUUUGUGUGUAGUGAAGAUCCGAUCUCCAUUUGUCCCAUUUUGCCUUAAUAGCAUCUGAAACUGGUUCAUCCCAGCAAGUAUUUUCUUUACACAAUUCUUGUAGAAUUUUGUUGCCUUCUAAAAGAAUGGGGGCAACAAAUCCCAAUGUGCCAAAGAUAGAGGUAAUUGUGGAUAGAAUUCCUCUCUUUGUGCAUGGUUUAUCCUUGAGCAUUAUCUGAGAAUUGAAAGAGUAAUUUUCGAUGCACCACUUUACUCCGUGCUCGCGCUCUCCUGGCAGAGGUCAAGAUUUUUGAUGUCUUCGGCUCUAUCUUCAGUCGGUAUGCUGUUGAUGAUUUCUUUACCCUUAGAUGAACUUGUGUAAAUUGAAAUCUUCUCUUCUGCACGUCUCCUUGAUAAGCUUCACAGCUUCAUCUACUGAUGGUACGGACUUGAGCCAUCGUCCACAUAGAAGUCACCAGGAAUAAAAUUAGCUGCUGCAGAACCAAUUUGCUUACCAUUGUCGUUAGCAGUAACUUUUCAAUGGAAAAUUUCAGCAGCCUGGUGAGGUUGUAGCUCCGAACCGAUGUACAGUCAUCUGAUAUUCUUUAGGUUCCUUGUUUGGCUUCUUCGGGACGACCGAGCACAAAUCCAGCAAGUGGCCAGAGCGGGACUCGAACCCGGGACCGCCGGAUUGCGAGUCCGACGUGCUGACCACUCGGCCACCCUGCCCUCCAAGUGAACAUCCAAAGUCAACAACUUUGGCAUCUGGCGAUGCACCAAGCACAGGCGUUUUCUUCUGCCUUGGCAAAUCAAAUUUUGUUCAUUAAUUGCAGUUUCUGCGUUUCAUGUUCUUGUUCUAGAAAUUGCCUUUUAAGUUUUACCUUUCCUUUCCUGGUCCUUGCUUCUAUUGACGGCAUGUAAUUCCAAUUAUAAUUUACGUGGUGAUGCUAUUUUAAAGUUACCUAAAGUAAAUUCAACAAAGUAUGGGAUCAAGUCAUGGAGAUACCAGGCUGCCCGACAUUGGAACACUAUUCCAAAUAAUUUAAGAAAUAUAGAUGGUUACCGCAGGUUUAAACAUGGACUCAAGGAUCUCGACCUUGCAAGGUUAUAGUCCCUGACCUGUAACCUAGCUUUAUAGCUAACUGUUAGUCACGUUAAUAAUGUAUGUAUGUACCAUUACAUGUAAACGUUUACUUACAACAGGAGAGGAAGAGUUUAGCACCAAAGUAACAAAGUACAACAACAUCUGUCACGUACUUUUUGUACUUGGACAGAUACUGAGAGAUGCAUCCAUAAAUCUGUCCUUGGAAGCAGGUACAUGCAAAAUUAGAAUGUAUUUCUAGCAACAAAGAAUUGACUUAAGGAUCUCUCUGAUUAAGUAAAUCAGAGUUUGUGAGGAGCUCCAUUUGACGUCAUGAAAUAGUUUAAGUGUUUUAAUUAUCCUAGUGCAUUAGGAAACUAAUUCCUAAUAGUAAAACAUGUCCAGAUUAUUUUACAUUGGUAAAUUACGCACUAAAAUUGACAAAUGUGUUUAGCAAAAUCUAGGGGCAACAGGCAGAGUGAUACUAGGCACCUUAACCUUAAUGCUGGAAUGAUGACUUUUUAAACUUAACAGUAGUUUACAUAUUUCUGACAAAAUUAAUUGACUUAUACUGUAAUUUUUAACCAUUUCCACAUAAUUUUACUUGCUCUGUAUGUAUUAUCUUUUUUUCUUUGUGCAGUUCAGGAAAUCCACCGCCAACUCAACAGUGCACUUCUUCACAUAUCUCAAGCCUUUCCAGUGUUUUCUCAUUUCCUGUGGAGAUUGCAAGUUUUUCUUAUUCAACUUUGUCCUAUUUCUAAGCCUCUGAAAUAA